AUAGUAGAUACACAGUAGUGGUAGGGUGAAAAACUUUUUCCCACAGUGAAAUUUCUCCACCCGCCAACCAACCACAACCACGACCGAAUUCAACUCUCCUUCUCUUCCUCAUUUUUUUUCAUUCCUUUUGCUUAUCACCCGUCACAGUCCCUCACCAUAAUGCCCUCCCCUACUACCACCCUCCUCAUCGAGGGUUCCUUCAGCGAACUCGCCGACGAGUUCGCCCAGUACCUCGACGCACUGCGCAAAAGCGAAGGCACCACCCUUCAGACCGAAAUCUCCCCGCUCUUGGAACCCCUCCGCCAGCAGGAACAGAGUGACGCUGAGCCCGAUCGGAAACUGCGUGAUGAGGUCCUCAAGAAGUUGGUCUCGGCGGCAUCCGUGUUGAAUGCUGCUCCAGAGAAGGAGAUCAUCUCCGCCUACAAUCUUCUCGUCCACCUGAUUCACCACGCCUCCGACCCUGACAUGUUCCUCUCCCGCAUCUGCUCCUAUCUCGCCAAACCCAUCACCUCUUCCUCUCAGUUCGGUCCCUCGCUGGCCAUCUCCAUCCUGUCCACCAUCUUCAACACCCUCGCUCCUACUGAUUCCAGCCGCUUCCAUGUCUUCCUGGCUAUUGUCGCAGUCAUCCGCCAGUCUGGCUCCACAGUCGCUUUCGAGGCUCUUAAGCCUCACUUGACCGCUCAACUGCCUACCUGGUUGUCCUCUUGGGAGCUGGAUGAGGACGAGGCCCAGCGCCUGCACCUCGCCGUGGCAGACGCCGCUCAGGCUGCUGGGGACCCCGAAUUGGCACAGACACAUAUCGUGCAGGCUCUGCAGACCAUUCCCGCAGCGCAGGCUUCGUCCAAGGAGGCCCGCGACCUCGCCAUCCGCGCUCUCACCUCCGCUCUCACUCACCCCGCCGUUUUCGACUUCACCCCCUUGACGGGUUCGGAUGCCGUUCAGGCCCUUCGCUCCAGCGACAGCACCCUGUUCGAGCUUCUUGAGAUCUUCACCGCCGACACUCUCGACGCUUACGAAGCUUUCGUCACCGCCACUCCCUUGGCAGGUAUUUCCGGUGGUGUCCUAGCCGAUGCUGGUGAGGUGCUGCAGAACAAGAUGCGCCUGCUAACCUUGGCCUCUCUGGCCGCCUCGACCCCGUCCCGUUCCUUGCCCUAUGCCACGAUCGCUGCCGCUUUGCGUGUCCCGGCUGAAGACGUUGAGAAGUGGGUCAUCGAUACGAUCCGUGCUGGUCUGGUCGAGGGCAAACUGUCUCAGCUGCGCUCCGAAUUCCUGGUGCAUCGCGCUACCUACCGUGUUUUCGGUGAGAAGCAGUGGGCUGAAGUGCAAGGCCGUCUGAUGGUCUGGCGCCGCAGCCUCGAGAACGUUCUGGGCGUCCUUCGUAGUGAGCGGGAGCGUUUCGUUCGUGAAAGUCUGCAGGCUGCUGCGGCAGCGGAGGAAGCUGCCCAGGGCAAGUCGAACGACAAGGGUAAUAAGUCUGGAGACCGUCGGCAGCGCCACGGCAAUGCCCAACAAUCUCAGCAGCAACAGCAGCCUCAGGAAGUGGCUGCUGCAGAGUAACCGACUCCAAGAGAAAAACACCACGAUACACAUCGGAAAGGGAAAAGAAGAAUAGAAAAAGCUCGUCGUGUAAUGGCUGGGAAGAGGUGUUAUGUUGUAUUUCCAUUUUCUUUCGUCUGUUUAUUCUUUGGUUCAUGUGUUCUCCCCGGGCGACAUUUUUAUCGGUUCAUGGUAGCUAUUUGUUUCUAGACAGGUUCCCACCUGGCAUGUAGUUAGGAUUGGGCCCGAUCAAUGGACACGAGUCAUGUCAUGCAUAUACGAA